AUGGAGAGAAAACAAGGGUUCUUUGCGGCUCUAAAAGAAGAAGUAGUUCGAGGUUUAUCGCCGGCGAGGUCACGUGGAAAGAGUCCAUCUCGGAGUGUGUCGCCGAUGUCCGGCCUGUUCCGAAGGAGGAACAGCAAACACUACGUGGCGAAUCCUGAGGCGUUGAUCGCGAGAUCGGGAAGUUUGAGGCCGGUGACUGAGACAUUAACGCCGUUGAUGGAGGGUCCGGAUCCGGAUGAGGGAUUCGGGGAUUCUAAGCGGGCCGGGUCAGGGUUGGGGUAUUGGGUGAAGGGACAGCUCUCGAGGUCUCCCUCGGUGGCUUCCAAUGGGUUGAGGAGGUCUGAUCUCAGGCUGUUGCUUGGUGUAAUGGGUGCCCCCCUCGCCCCGGUGCACGUUAGCACCACUGACCCCUUGCCACAUCUCAGCAUCAAGAGCACUCCUAUUGAAACGUCAUCUGCCCAGUACAUAUUGCAGCAAUAUACAGCUGCAUCCGGAGGGCAAAAGCUCCAAAACUCAAUUAGAAAUGCUUAUGCCAUGGGGAAGGUGAAGAUGGUAGCUUGCGAGUUUGAAACUGCGACAAAGGUUGUGAAGAAUAAGAAUGCUGCUAGAGCUGCUGAGUCAGGCGGAUUUGUCCUCUGGCAAAUGAAUCCGGACAUGUGGUAUGUUGAGCUUGCAAUUGGGGGAAGCAAAGUUCACGCAGGCUGCAAUGGCAAGCUUGUCUGGAGGCACACCCCUUGGCUUGGUGCUCACACUGCAAAAGGGCCUGUUAGGCCCUUACGUCGUGCCCUUCAGGGCCUUGAUCCAAGAACCACUGCUAGUAUGUUUGCAGAUGCCAGGUGCAUAGGUGAGAAGAAGAUUAAUGGAGAGGAGUGCUUCAUCCUUAAGCUUUGUGCUGACCCUCACACAUUAAAGGCUAGGAGUGAAGGCCCAGCAGAGAUCAUAAGGCAUGUCCUGUUUGGGUACUUCAGCCAAAAGACAGGACUUCUUGUUCACAUGGAGGAUUCCCAUCUUACCCGCAUUCAAUCCAAUGGCGAUGAAGCUGUUUACUGGGAAACAACUAUAAACUCUUUUGUAGAUGAUUACAAGCCCGUUGAAGGGAUAAUGAUUGCCCACUCAGGCCGUUCUGUGGUGACCCUUUUCAGGUUUGGCGAGAUGGCACUCAGCCAUACCAAAACAAGGAUGGAAGAAGCCUGGUCAAUUGAAGAGGUUGCAUUCAACGUUCCAGGCUUGUCACUAGACUGUUUUAUCCCCCCAGCUGAUUUAAGAUCUGGAUCCAUCAGUGAAACCUGUGAACUCCCUCAUGAGGAAAGGGGAAAGAGUGCAAUUUCGCUCGCAGCUCAUCGGGCUAGGGUUGCAGCAUUGGAGAAAACACGAGAGUGCAGCAGGGAUAAUUUGGUUUGGAAGGUGGAAGUCUAA